CGGGUAUUGUGAAAACGCGUGUUGAUUGCGUUGUAUACAAUGAAAUAGAAUAUCUUUUAUUACACAUAUCUAUUUAUCUUAGUUGCAUAAAAUAUUAUUUAAUAAGUUUAAAUAUUGCAUCUUCAUCAAAUUCGAAUACGUCUGAAACAUGCCAAGGGACAUACGAAGCUAUUUUCAAACUGUGAAAACAAAUUCUAGCGGUGCGCCAGCGAAAGCUACAAAAAGACGAAUUAUUUCUUCUGAUGAGGAAGAUGAAAAAUUACAAUCUCCACUUAAGCAAUCCAAGAAAACAAAAAUAUUGAAAAAGAAAAUUAUUGGAUCUGAUUCUGAUGAAGAUGUUAAACCAAAAAAGAUUGUUUCUCCUCUUGAUAUGUUUGGUAAAACUCCAAUAAUUAGACAAGAAGCACCUAAGAUUUCAAAAAAAUUACAACAAGAGGAAGCAAGAGGUCAUAAUGAUAAUGAUUUUGAAGCUACUUUAAGUCAGUUAGAUACAUCUGAUAUUGAACAGAAGUAUUUAACAGAAACUAAAAUUAACGAAGAUUCUAAUUUGCAUGAAAAUAAUUACGAGAAUAAGAAGAAAACUCCUAUUAAGAAUGAAGCGAAUGUUAAAAAGAGAAAAAUAAUUGAUAAAGCAAGUCCAGAAAAAGGUAGUAAAAAGUAUGAAUCAAAAAAUAAAAAACAUUCUAGUAAUAGUUCAAAUGAAGACAUUGAGGGACAUAAAGGUCCUGAACACAGUAGUAAAUUCAAAGAUACAAAAAAAUCUUCUAAAACUUCAUUGGGUAUUUCUGAAAUGGAAGUGAAACAUAAAGGAAAGAAAAAAAUGUCUCCGAAAAAGAUAGAAGCUUCUGAUAUAUAUGAGGAAAAAGUAGAAAAGAAAAAACAAAGAGCUACAAUGUAUCAACAAUAUCUUCAAAGAGGUGGAGCUAGAAAUCCGGGUUCAAAAGAAAUUCCUGUUGGUGCUGAGUAUUGCUUAGCAGGAUUAAGUUUUGUGUUAACUGGUGUUUUGGAUUCUUUGGAAAAGGAGGAAGCUGAAGAGCUUAUCAAAAAGUAUGGUGGACGUAUUUUACAUCAAGUUUCAAAGAAGACUGAUUAUAUUGUAGUGGGUGACCAACCUGGUCCUGCAAAACUGUCAAAAGCUAAUAAUUUAAAUAUAAAAAAGAUAUCAGAAGAUGAUUUGCUAGAGUUUAUACGUACAAGACCUGCAGGUCAAAUUGAUAAUGUAAAGCAACCUCGUACAAAAUCCAAAGAGAGAUCGAAGCAAGAAUCUGUAGAGUCAGAAACAUCACCAUCAUCAUCAAAGAAAAUAAGAGUUACUGUAACUGAAGAAACAAAAAAAAUACACUCACCACAGAAAAAAGAAUAUAGUAAUAAAGAGACAGAAAGAUUAUUGAAAGUAUCACCUCAUAAACAAGAACUUAAUAAUAAAGAUAUUGAAAUGAAGACUCCAAUUAAAAAGAAAUAUAUUGAACAUAAAGAAUUGGUCAUAGAGAAAAGAGAACAAGUAAAUGAUGUAAAAGAUAUAAAAAUACAAUCGAAUACUUUACAGAAUAUAAAUGGAAAUAUAUCAAUACAGGCAUUGGUUGAAAAAUAUAGACCAAAAACAAUGAAACAAAUUUUAGGACAACAAGGAGACAAAAGUAGUGGUAAAAAAUUGUAUAAUUGGUUGUUGAACUGGCAUAAAAAUCAAAGUGGUAAAGUGAAAACUACGAAACCUAGUCCAUGGGCAAAAAAUGAUGAUGGAGCAUUUUUCAAAGCUGCUUUGUUAUCUGGUCCUCCUGGAAUUGGAAAAACUACAACUGUUCAAGUUAUUUGUAAUGAAUUAGGUUUUGACCUUAUAGAAUUUAAUGCAUCAGAUACUAGGAGUAAAAGACUUCUACAAGAGGAAGUAUCAGAACUCUUAUCUAAUACCACAUUAAAAAAUUAUGUACAAGAUAUUAAAAGUAAACCAUCAUUAAAACACGUUUUGUUGAUGGAUGAAGUGGAUGGAAUGGCUGGUAAUGAAGAUCGUGGAGGUCUACAAGAAUUAAUUAAUUUAAUCAAAUCAACUGAUAUACCUAUUGUUUGUAUCUGCAAUGAUCGAAAUAAUCCGAAGAUGAGGACUCUCGCUAAUUAUAUAUUUGAUCUCCGAUUUCCAAAACCUAAAUUGGAACAGAUUAGGGGUGCAAUGAAAUCUAUAUGUUUCAAAGAAAAUAUUAAUAUUUCAACUGAAGAUCUCGAUCAUCUAAUUGAAUCAACUAAUCAGGAUAUUCGACAAGUUAUAAAUCAUUUAGCAUUAUUUGCUGGACAGUCUGUUUCUCAAGAAAAAUCUGAAAAGAAACACAUAAACAAGGAUUUAAAAUUAGGUCCUUGGGAUGUAAUAAGAAAAGUAUUUUCCUCAGAAGAACAUAAGCAUAUGAGUAUUCAUGAUAAGAGCGAUUUAUUCUUCCAUGAUUACAAUAUAGCACCAUUAUUUGUACAAGAGAACUAUUUGCUGGUUAUACCUCAAGUGCCAAAAGAUAAAUUGCUAGAAAGAGUAGCAGAAAGUGCUGAGAGUUUAGCACUGGGAGAUGUAGUUGAAAAGUCUAUAAGAAGUAAUAAUGCUUGGUCACUUUUACCAGUACAAGCUUGUUAUUCUUCUGUUAUACCUGGAACCGCAAUGUCAGGUCACAUUGGUGGUCAGAUUAAUUUUCCAACUUGGCUUGGACGUAAUUCAAGAUCUGGUAAAUUUGAUCGUUUAACGCAGGAAAUCACUGUACACGCACGUUUGGCUACUGGUGCAAGUAAAGAAGCUAUAAAUUUGGAUUAUAUUAAACCUCUCAGAAAUGCUGUUAUCAGACCCUUAGCAGUUGGUGGUAUUGAAAAUGUAGAUGCAGCAAUAGAUGUUAUGAAUCAUUAUCAUUUACUCAGGGAAGACUUAGAUUCCUUGAUAGAAAUUUCUUUAUGGCCUGGUGAUCGAGAUCCAAUGCAAGUUGUAGACAGUAAGGUGAAAGCUGCUUUUACUCGUGCUUAUAAUAAGAAUUCCAUAGUUGUACCGUAUAUAGUGAGUGGUAUAUCAAAGAAAAAAGCAGCUUCAAAUAUUCAAGAUGAAGGUUUCUUAGAACCCGAGGAUGAAGAAGAUGAUUCAGAUCAAAAUAAUGAUAACGUUGAUACAGAUAAAAUGAUUAAGGCAAAGAAACCUAGUAUGAGUAAAAAUAUUGAAUCAAAGAGAAAAAGUAAAACUGAUAAAACCAAUAAAAUUGAAAUGAAAAGCAAAAGUAGUAGUGAUAAGCCUAGUAAACAUGGACGAGGACGGGGAAGAACAAAAUAAUACAAAUAUUGUAAAAGUGAAAUGUGAUUUCUAUUUGGAA